ACCACGUCUAAUGAUUUUUGCAGUUAUUUGGACAAAAAUCUCAGCAAGCGAAUUACGUCGCUUUGACUAAUGGAAUAUGAUUCGUUGCUCGAAUUUUGAGGAUUCUUUUCGUGUAUUGAGAGGCAGUGCAUUGUGAGGACGAAUUUCGGGAAACAUGUGCUGAAAGUAAAAGUGAUUUUAGCGCAAAACAGCAUCAAUGGCAGAUGUGAAUGGCACGGACCAUCUGGUCCGUCACGAGAAAGACAAUAUAAAAGGCUUCGACAACGACGGCUACCACCGCCAACAGAAAACAGAAGAGGAAGAAGAGUCCACCAGCGAUGAUGAUCGCCUGCGAGUCGUGGUCACUGAAAACGGUCAUCGGCCAGAAGACGACACACCCCUCCCAAACGGCUACGGCCACGAAGAGUCCAAUGGCCAUGCCGUGAAUGGCACGGCCGUUGUCGUCUUGGAAGAGGAGUGCCAGACUGCGAACAUGGACAACGGUGGCUAUCGAGAAAAUUCGUCGGACUCUGCACAGAAACCCUGUGACACUCGGUUGCACCACUACGUGCCUGUUGAGGACAUGGACAGGAGGAUAUUAAACGGGUCCGAAAACACCCACGUGAGCAUCCCAGAAGAUGCUGUCAUUAGUUUUUCAACGGGGCGAAUUCGCGUUAAAAAAAGUACGUCGGGAGGUGAGGACAACGAUCGGGAGAGUAUACCUCUGGAGACGAUGCUUCCUGCGUAUGAUUCAGACGAGAAACCGGGAUUGGGAGAGAAAGCUGGCUUGGAAGCAGAACUGUCCAAUCAUAAGAACGGUGUGUGGUCAUCUGAAGGACAUACUUACGGGGCAAGUGAAGGCCCUUUUAACCCCCAUAGUGAAAAAUUAAAUGGGACUUCGAAGGCUAGCGACGAAGUCAGCUUACCUGUUAGUAAUCAUCGGAAGUGUCUGAGCCGUGAGGGGUCAAUUAGUAGUUGCUCUGAGAGAAAAUCCACAGGUGAAAAAUUAUAUUUUACAGAAGACAGCCGGAAGUUUUGCCGUUGGCGACGUAUUCUUAUAUGCGGGCUAAUUUUGAUAAUUAUAGCUGUUGGCUUGCUAUUAGGUGUACUAGCUGCUACCGGCAUCCUCUUGGCAGAGUCUGAGAAUAAAAACACGAGGUACGAGUCGCUGCCCAGCAUCGACUCCGUCUCGAUCGCUGGACAUUCCUUUAGGAAAGGAUCGUCCUCCCGGCCGGCCUCCGAGCUUCCCUCAAAUGAUACUACUCCCAAGGUCUCGGGAGGUGGAUACGUCACAGUCAGUCGACCACCUCCUACAGUCACUUCUAAAGUUCCUGUUCUUAACGAUACUUCGCAUUCUCAAACCAUAGUGCCAAAUGCUUUAGUGGGUGAGUUUACUAUAACGAAUGAAGAUUUUACAGACGAUCUGAAUGACAACACUUCAGAAGGGUUUUCCUCAUUGGCUACGCAUCUAGAAAGAGAACUUCAAAGGAUUUUCAAAAGCAAUCAUGGUUCAUUUGUGACUUUGAAAAUUUUAAAUUUUAAGCCGGGCAGUGUUAAAGUCAAAUUUGUUGUGAUUUGGAGAUCAGAAAACAGAGUCAUUUUAGCAAAUCGAGCAUCAGAAAUCAUGGCGUCCUAUUUUCAUAAAAAGCAAAAUUUAAUUUUGGCUUUUCGUGUGGAUGUCAACAGUGUACAUUUUAUCGAUGUUUUUGACGAGUGCCGUGUCCAAAAGGGGGGCUGUGCCCAUGAAUGCGUUUGGAAUUACGACACUUUGUCAAAAACUUGCAUUUGUGAAAAGAACAUGGUACUACUACAGGAUGGAAAGUCAUGUGGACCUGAAGUUUUUACAAGUACUCCUUCAUUUCUAUCUUCAAAAAACCCUUAUGAGCUUCCUACUACAACUUCUAUACCAGAAACUACUCCUAGUGAAAUCAAGUUAGAUACAACUAAAGAAUUGCUUAGCACAGUCGAAAAAGAAGUCCCAAAAAUAUCUGAGGAAAUAUCUACAUUACCAAACAAAUUAACUACUUCCAUUGCUCAAUUUUCCCAUAAGCCUCUUGUCACUGAAACUACAACAGAAUCUAUCCUAACUGAAAAUGAAGAAACAGUUUUUCAUACAACAAAGGUACCUCUUAAAAGUUUUGUCACUGAAGUAAAGGAACAAACUCUACUCUCAAAAGAAACUACAACAAAAACACCACCAUCUGAAAUUGUAAAUACAAUCAAGGAAAUAAUAACUGAAACCACCUAUCAUUUUUCUGACUUAGGAAGAGAUUAUGACCAAGGUAUAACGAAAUCACCAUUUCCAGUCACUGAGUAUCCCCUAGAAACUACAAAUGCUAUUUUUACAGAAACAACUUCUCCAGAAUUUUUCCCACCUACUUCUGAAUUAAAACCUGAUGUAAUUCCAGCUCUUGAAACUGAGACAACAACAGAGCAAUUUACAACUAUUGAAUAUGCCCAAGAUAAGUUAGAAACUUCCAUAACAGAGCAUGAAACUGAAGCUACAACAGUUGAAUCUGAAACAACAGUACCAGGUUUAACAGAAAAUGAAACAAAAAACAUGUUUAGUACUCCAACCACAGAAUUUUACAUGACUGAUGGUGAAAAUACUACUUUAUAUGAAUCUUCAGCAAUAACUACCAGUUUUGGUGAUAGUGCUAAAAUCACUUCAAUAUCUGAUGUUUUAGCUGUUAGUACAGAUUUAGGAAAAAAUACUAGAGAAGGUGAAACAGAAACUACUUUAUCACAUGAAAUUACAAAAUUUUCUGAAACUGAAACAACUCCUGUCCGAACUUCAGAAGGAUCUCUACUUAAAAAUGAAGAUGCAACAUUUUUGAUGCACACAGAUUCUUCAAUACAUGAAAGUAGUGUUCCUAAUACAUUUUUACUUGAAACUACAACAGAGUUACCUAAAACUGAUGUCAAAAUGGAAGACAGUUCCUUUCUUACUACAACUGAAACUCCUUUAGAUAGCAAAGAUCAGGUUAAUAUGACAACACCAAUUGUUACUGCUUCUGAAGACAUUUCUGAUUUGUAUAAUAAAACUGAAAACUUUGAAUACUUAACAACUAAGAAGGAGGAAAAUGAAAUGAAAACCUUUAGUAACAUUACUUUUGAACCUACUACCGAUACAGCUUUUCCCGUUGAGGAUGAAACAACAUUCAAACAUGGCACUGAGACUGAAACGACAAUUGAUAUUUUUGCAUUACCAAAUGUGACGGAAACUUUACCAGAAAUAGACACUACUACUGAAAAUGUAUGGCCAAUCACAUUUUCAGAAGCAGAUAUUUUUACUCCUUCACAAGAAUCAAAUUUAACAGAACCUUCAGCAACAUCUGCUCCUGUUGAUUUUACAGGUUUUAAUGAGUCAGUUUCUACAUUCCUCCCCACAAUAUCUAGUCAAUCUGGAAUAAUUUUACAAUCAAACAGAACUCCAGAAGUAAGAUUGUUUGACAAUUUUACUGAUAUGGAUGCUCUAAAUAACAACAUUAGCCUUCCUGAAAUAGAAACAACUACUUUGGAACCUGAAACAGAAAUUAUUUUGAAUAUUUCUACAGUAAUUACCUCUUUUGAGGACAACAUGACAGUAACAGAACCUCCUGUCAAAAAUAUUGAAAUGGAAAUAUUGCUUCCAAAUAAAACUAUUUCAUUAACUAGUAUGGAACCUAACACUACCCCCACAAUAUAUUUCGAUUCAACUAUUAAUCCUACUGCUUCUGACUUAGACAUAACAGAAAUUAAUGAAAAACAAAAUGAAUCUACUGCAAGAAACACUGAAUUGCCUGAAAGUAUUUCUGAAACCACGAUAGAUCAGCUUGCAAGUAUAGAUACAUAUGUAACUAACACUACACCUCCAAUUGAAAUAGUUACAGAUCUGGAAGGAUCUGGAGAAAAUUUCACUGCUGCAAACCUCACAGAAACUUUUCCUAUGGAUUUUGAAACCACUACAUCAGGAUCAGAGCCAGAAAUAUUUUUUACUACUCAAUCAAUGCAAAGUAAUGUUUCUGAAAAUGUAGACAUAUUUGCUGACAAUAUAACUACAAUUUCUGAACUAUUUGGUAAUGCUUCAGAUAAUUCCACGUCCAGCGCUGAAACUACUACAAAGAUCAAUUUUGAAACAACAGAAGCUUUUGAUGUAAUUAACGGCUCAGUGAUUUUAAGUGCUGAAAGUGAUAUAAUUGCAAAAACUUCUGAAAAAAAUGACACCUUAGAUGAAUCAAGUCUUAUGACAUUAAAUAUUUCAGAAAAUAUUGACAGAAACAUAACAUCUGAAGAUGAAAAUAAAGUAACUGAACCAGUUAUUUUUACUGAUUUGAAUCAUACAUUAGAAAUAUCAUCUACUGAGCUUUCAACCAGUAACUUUACAGAUAUUUCCAGCGAACUAGAAACUACUCAAGCAAUUACUUUAAUGGAGUUAUUCCCAACACCAACACUCCUAAAUCUCUCUGAUACAGAUAAUUCUAGCAGUUUAUAUGAUUCUGAAUUUACGACAAUUGCCUAUGGGAAUGAAAGCUUGCCAGAAAGUAUUUUCUAUUCAAAUUUUUCUCAAAAUUUAAACGAGUCAAACAGUAAUGUAACAUCUUUGAUGCCUGAAGAGUAUAUGACAAUCGAGGGAAAUAGUACAGAAUUGUACAGCAACUUCACAACAGAUGGGUUUGAGAUGGCAAAUGAAACAACAACAAAUGUUAGUACUGGAAUAGAAUGUAGAGAAGAUCAAUUUUUGUGCAUGUCUACAAAUGAUUGUCUGAAUAGGACACUUAUCUGUGAUGGAAUCAUUGAUUGCCCUGAUGGUGUUGAUGAAUUUAGCUGUCAUGAAAGCUGUCAGUCUAACUUCAUGUGUUCAAACACAAGCUCACGUUGUAUCAUGAGCGAUGCGAGAUGUGAUGGUAUUUGGGACUGUGAAAAUGGAACUGAUGAAGACAAUUGUACCCCUACAGAAUGUGCUAAGCAUGAGGUGAUGUGCUUAGAUGGAAGCAAAUGUAUCAAACCAGGUCAUAUAUGUGAUUGGAACUACAAUUGUAAUGACAGAAGUGAUGAGGUUGGCUGUGUUGAAAGAACAACAUGUGAAUCAAACGGUAAAUUCUUUUGUAACGAUGGCUUAUGUAUUCCAUGGUCUUUGAAGUGUGACGGUGAAUUUGAUUGCAAAGACAAAGAAGACGAAGGAAAUUGCACAUGCUUGAGUGACGAAUUUCAAUGCAAUGAUGGGAAAUGUCUAAAAAGUUCCAUGCGUUGUGAUGGUCACCAAGAUUGCCAUGAUGCUGAUGAUGAGAUGGGUUGUGUCAAUGUGGACUCACAGCAUAUUGUAACAACUUAUGAGUCAUAUUCUGGUACUUGGGCUUUGCUGUGUGCUGAAGAUUGGAAACUGGAUGAUGGACAGUAUUUGUGCCAAGAACUUGGUUUUGGUCAUGCUUUGAAAACGGAAAAAGUCCAUGUGUCUUUCAAUGGCACAUGGAUGGCAAUGAGAAGAGAAAACUUAACUGAUUCAUCUCUUUGGACAGAACGAGUCUCUUUUGUUGAAAGUUGCACCAGUGGUUUAGCAGCAGCUGUAGAGUGUCAGAAAUUUGUUUGCGGAGAAUAUUCAGGGCUGUUACAUCGCAGGCGAAAGAGAGAAGCUCUUUCUUCAUCGUCAAUUCAAUGGCCAUUUAUCGGAUAUGCUUCUACCUACCAUUCAAAGAGAGGAUGCCUUGCUGAAAUUCUGACUCCAAUUUGGCUGAUAACAUCUGCUGACUGUCUCUUAUCUAUUAGCAAAGCACCACAUAAUGGUUCUGACUGGUAUGUGAGAACAAACCUUGGCAGAAACCUAGACAUGGACACAGCCCAAAACCAUGAAGUCCUCAGGAUUGUCACUCAUCCUCAUUCAUCUAAGUACAGAUCACUAACCUUACGUGAUUAUGAUGUAGCACUCAUCAGGCUCAAACACGCUCUUGUUUUUGUCACAGACAAAAUAGGUGCCAUUUGUCCACCAGAUGAACAGGUUCCUUCAGGAAUUACUUGUUUCUCUGGUGUGCUGGGAUCAGAAAAACCUAGAGCUCCCCCACCUCAGUCGUUGACAAUUAACAGCCUGGCUUUGCAAAUAAUUGACAGAAAAAACUGUAAUACUGUUGAUCAUUAUCAUGGUGAGAUUAACUCAAGGAUGAUCUGCACUCAAAGUAGUGAAGGCCAUGUUAUUUGUGAUAAUGAUGAAGGAACGCCUUUGAUGUGUUUAUCGGGCAUUACCAAAUGGUUUCUUGCCGGAAUGCUCACUUAUGAACGUUACUGUGAUGUUUACAAUAAACAUCCUGCUGUUUUCUCAAACUUAUUUGCUAUGAGGAAUUUUCUAGAUAAAGUGACUGGACAGAAGCAGUAUGAAAUCCCAUAUGACAGCAAUGUAUAUGUAAUUAUACCUCCUACAACUCCUAGUCCAACAUUACCAGAAACCACAACAGAAAUGCUCUCCACAACAUUUGGUAGUGAUGCUGAAUUUAAGAUGGCAACAUUGACUGAUGAAUAUGAGUCGGCCAACAUGACAAAUGUUACUGAGGAAGCUGAAAUGACCUUACCAACUGCUGAAUUUGGUGAAAAUUUUACUGAAACAGUUCCUGAAGAAAUGCUGGAAAUAACAACAAUAUCAGAUGCGGAACUAGUUGAAAAUACAACUCUGAAAGCUUUUGUUGAACUUAAUGUCUCAACAACAAAAUUUUCGGAAGAAUUUGGUGCAGAAGAAAAUGUUACUUCACUAACAGUAAUUAACUUGUCAGAAGAUAAUUUGAUGAACACUACCACAACUGUUAGCUCAUUGGAUAUUUCUGAGACUGUUACAGGACCUACCAAUGAUACAACUGAAAUUCUGAGCAGAACUAUUUCUUCUCAAGAUUCCAAGAGUGAACUGUUGCAGGAUAGCAGCUUUGAAACAAAGACCAAUGACUCUUUAAUUUCGCCAAAUGACACAUUAAGUGAAAUAAGUCUGAAUGCUACUGAUGUGUUUGCAUUCGAAAAUAUUACAACCUCUAAUGAAAGCAUGAUACAUGAUGAAACAACUCCAUAUUAUGAAACUGUUGUUACUUCAAGCAAUUCUGAUGAUAAAGUACCUAAAGCAGAGCUCCUAUCCCUAACAACUGAGUAUGCAAUCCCAACUGAACUGCAAUCCAUAAAUCUCCAAAAUGAUUCAACAGCUGCAAUAGAAAACAUUUCAGACAUUUCUGAAACCACAUUUUCUCCUAAAAGUGUUGGUUCUGAAUCUUUAGAAACACAUACUGCAUCUGAAGAAACAACAGCUCCAUAUAACGUUGAAGACACAACUUCAGUAGCUAAUUUUACCGAUACUAAUAUCACAGAAAUAGCACAUACUGAUUCAAUUACGUUUGAAAUGGCUGGAGAACCUUACUCUGACCUUGAAUUUUCUGUGUUUGGUGAUUCAGAAGGUAUCAAAGUUCACUAUUCUCCAAUGUUAGAAAAUAAAACUGCUUUGAACGAUUCUGAUGAAUACAUAUCAAAAGGAAGAAAUUUUGAAGUUCUGCCAAUGUCUAAUAUUUCAGGGAGCAUAGAGAUGAUAACUGGAGAAUUGCCAACUGUGUCAGAAACAUUAUCCAAUGAUUUUAAUAAAAGUGAAGAACUUGAUUCCUUGGGGAAUGUAACCAAAGUUAUUGAAGAUAAUCUAUUGGUCACCACAGUUGAAAGUGGUGAAUCUUUUACUGCUUCUGAAACACCUCCUGAAAGCAGUACAUUGAUUACUAGCACGGAAACUCCAGUUGUUGUUGAACAACCAGUAGAAGCUUUGGGCAAUGAAAGUACGCACAUAUCAGAAAUUAUGUUAACAACAGAACUUGUCCCUAUUGGAAAAAAUAUUACAAACAUUGAGAAAACUCUCACAACAGAAAAAAGUGCAAUGGUAAAAGAUGGAUUUGCUAAAGAAGGAAACAAAUCAUCUUAUGUUCAAGGCAUGACAUUCUCUGCUGAGGAAACAACAAACAUGGAUAUAGGUGAAAUUGAAUCUAUCACUACAGUUCAAAGUAUAGUGGAAACUAAUCAGUCAGCCGUUUCAACUAGUGUACUGACAGAUGGUACAAAUGCAUCUAACACAGGUAAAGCCAGUAUUUCUGGUGAAGAGUUAUUUACAACAAUUGAGCCUGUCCUAGAAUUUGAUACAUUUAUGCCAGCAAAUGAAAGUUUGUUCAGCAAUGAGAGUUCUGCAAAAUAUUUCGGAAAAUAUAUUGAAGAUGAAGAGUUGAUUUCAGAGAAAGAUGUCAAGUCGGAAAUCAAUACGACUUCAGGGAGAAGUGCUGAUACAGAAGCUUUUGACGUCACGCCUUAUAAUAAUAAUAGUGAGAAAAGUUCCGAUGAAAAUUUUACAACUGAAGCAAGUGUGAAUGUAAAUAUCAUGCCUGGCGAUAGUGCUGAAAAUUUUACGGUAGAAGAAUAUCUGAUUCCUGGAAUAGAAUUGGAUUCUAUUUUUAAUGAUACAGAUGGGUGUGGCAUUUGGCAACAAGACAAUAACGUAACAAAUAUUAACGGCAUGAAUUUCUUCAGUCAUUGGCCAGCGCUUGGAUUCUUGCAAAUGAUAUCCGAACCAAAAAUGUGUGCAUCAACCGUGGUAUCAGCACAUCAUGUCAUAACUUCCCUAAAUUGUCUCCUAGUCAGAGAUGAUCAGCUGGAUCCAAAUAACUGGGUCUAUGUGGGUGGAUUGCAUGAUGAAUCAUCUUCUACAACUGAUAGUCAGAGCCACCUAGUGAUGAAAAUUGUUCAGUAUCCAGUGGAGAACUUUACAUCUCCUUCUUUAUUGUUCAACAAGGGUGACUUGGCGUUGGUGAGAAUGAAAGAUGAAAUAAAGCAAAAUCAAUAUUCCAAGCCUGCUUGUUUACCACUGCAGGAUGUUCAAGCCAACGAAACAUGCUUUGCAGUCGGAUGGAGCAACGGUACUUUAGGUGAUGAUAAAAAUACAGAAUUUUAUUCAGUUCCUGUGACUAUUAUUUCUCCCGACAAAUGUAAUAGUACAACUAACUACAGUGGAGAACUGCUAGGUUCAUUUAUCUGUGUGCAGCAAAAGAAUGAAAGUUUCCAAGCUUGCCAAAUGAAUGUAGGAUCUCCUCUGUUUUGCCACAGCGAAAGUGAGCGUUGGGAAAUACAAGGAGUCUUAAAUGUAGACUCCCCAUGUGAUAUGGAACAGUUAGCCGUUUAUGAAAGUGUUUCCAGCGCACGACGAUGGUUGGACGAUACCUUAAGGAAAUGAAGGAGCCCCGUGCAGACUCAGUUUCUCUCAUAUUCCUUGUGAUAUGACGCUAGACUCAUCUCGGAAAACAGUUUGAGAUGCAUUUCAGUUUGGACUUCAAUUUCUUACAAUGCCAAGUGUUUUUUGACUGCAGCAUGAAGAGAAAACUGUGAUUCACCAAACUGGUGUGUGUGUUUGCCUGCUGUUAUAUUCCUGAAGACUAUGUGUUUUUGUUGUGUGAGUUAUAACUUCUAUUCAAGACUAGUACUGUGCAGUUAAGCUAGUCCCACAACUGUAGUGAUAUGUGCUUCUCUUCUGGAAGCAGUCAGUAAAACUGUUCCCAUGUAUGAUUCAUCUGUGAUGUUGAAAGUGCCUUAAAGUAUGACUAAAACGUUUUCUUGGUUGAGACUUUUUUUCAAAUUUCAUGUACAGUCUUGUAAAUUUUUUGAAUAGUCAACAUUGAAUUGAUCAGUCAUCAGCCACAUUGUGCCUGUUUUACUGUUUGUUUGUGCACUAGGAAUGAAUUUGUCUGUUUUGUUUUUGUAUGUUUUAGGGUUUAAAAAAUUUCAUUUUACUUCUGUUUCCAAUGCAACACAUGAUUUGUUUGUUACAGUGGCGCACACAAGGGAGGGGUCCAGGGGGUCCGGACCCCUCCCAUAGGUCUUGUUUUUUUUUCCCGAAUGAUUACGGUUCUAUGUAUUUUGUACGUAAAAUAUUUCCAAACAAAGAUAACAAUAAUUUCAGUUCUAAUAAAUGAAAAAAUAAAAUCGUUAUGCUAAAAGAUUUUCAAAAAUAUUGUGCACUUUUCCUACAACAAAUGACCUAAAAGAAGUAGAAUGAUGAUUAUAAAUGAACACACUAUAAUAACGAUGUUUUUAGUUUUGUAUUUAUCGAUUACAAUGAGAAUCUAUGAACUUCUAUAACCAUAUGGUGCUUCUACAACGAUGAAUUUGCUUUGCUGAAUCCAUUUCUUAACUAUAAGAAAAGUAAAAGCGUAAAAUUAUUUUGCUUUCUGGUAAUUUGUUUAAGUAUGUUUCAUUACAAAAUGCUAAUUAUUUAUUCAAUAGUUUAUUUUUUACUGUUUUCCGUUCUCGCGAAUCGACAAAAUCAAGUCAAUAUGUUUAACGACGUAUUGGGUCAUAAUAUGAAAAUGAGGCUUUCAAUCUUGGACCCUCCCCUUGCAAAAUUCCUGUGUGCGCCACUGGUUUGUUAAGAUACAAUUAUACAUUUCAAAAUCAUUUUUGAAAAAUUGCAUUAAUUAGUUUCAAAUCAAUUUAUAAUAAAGGUUACAAUAAUGUUUUAUGAUUACGUAAACAACUUUAAAUAAGUUUGUAGAUGUAUGUAGCUUAAACACAGAGUCCGGUUAUUUUAUUAGCCUGUGUAGGGCCCUCAAGCCCACUAUUUAGUAAAGCACAAAAGUUUCUUAAUUCCCUGAUUUUUUUUUUUUUUUUUUAAUUGUCUGCUGUUUCUUCAGAUUUUUUUUUAAAUAUGAAAGUCUUUUUUGUAGUUUUAUCCCUUAUGAUGUUGAUAAGGAGCUAAUUACACAAGUUUUUGAAAAGGAAAAUUAAUUCAACUUAUAUUUUUCUAUACCAUAUUAACACAGAUUUUUGUAACUCAUUCAAAAUUAUCUAAAACCUAAAUUUCAUGAUUUGAUAAACAGUGAUGCUAACUCAAUUAACACUACAGAAGUUAAUUAAGCUACUUCAAAGCAUCAUAAGCUUAAAACAUCUUAAUAACUACAUGGAACCAAAGCAGAAACCUCCCAGUAAGACCUAAACCUUUUAUUUCGAAAAUACAAUUUAAAAAAAAUAUAUUUCUAGCGAAGUUUACUGAACUUUAGCAUGAUUGAUAUUUAAAUCACAUCACAAAGUAGACCAAGAAACACGUAACCCACAUUUUAACUACACAGUUGACCAAAAAUCAUCAUCAAUGCCACAACGAAAUUAAUAUCGAUAAGAUGGGUAAUAUAUUAAGUUUUGGGGCCUGCAUUUUAAUUUAAGAACUUUAGAAAGUGGACAGUUUUCAGGAUCAUAUAUACACCUAAUUUAAUAGGUGCAAACCAAAAGGGGUCAUGGUGGUGCAGACUGCUCCGUUAAAGUUUUUAGAGGGUUUUUUAAGGGGUAAAUUUCUAUGUUUUUUUCUGGCGGGGGGAGAGUAUGCCCUUGUGGAGUCCUCUAGUAUUUGGGGGAGGCACUUUAUUGCUCUUGAAAGGGAUGGGCAGCGCUAUUUGACAGCAAUUAUAUUUGAAUUUUUAUGAAUAUUCUUCAGCAAGUUUCAAGCAUGGAUUUAUUUAUUAUUCUAAAUGCAACUGUGGUAUUUUAGUCACAACAUUGUUAUUAUAUAAAAAUUUUAGUUAAAAAUAUUCUUAAUUCAAUAUUGUAACUGAGAAAUUUUUAUAUGAUAAAUAAAUUUAUGUAAAAUUAAGUGAAUAUUGAAAUAUAGUUAUUGAAAUAAUGCAGGGCUUAGUUUGCAUUAGAGCUCAUCUCUUGCUUUUCUUUUCAAUUUCACAUAAAUAAUAUUAUUCUUUUUUCAAGCUAUUUCCAUGAAAAAGAUCUGAAGACUAAAGGGCUCCUGCACUUCUUUCAUUAGAAAGUAAGCCCUGAAUAUGUGGUAAAUAUAAUUAUGCAAUUAUUCUCAAAACUUUAUUGCCUAAUAAUACUGUUUGGUGGCAUUGAAUAUGUAAAAAAAAAAAAAAAAAUCCAAAUAAAUAAUCUAAGUAGAAAAGGCGAUUUGUUAAUUUUGAUAGGAAAUAAGCUAGUGGGAACACUUAGGUUGAGCAAAAUUCUUAAGUUUAAUUCUCUUAAUAUCAAAAAUCAAAAUAUACAACAGUUAUAUUUUGUUUUCAUAUUUAAAUUUGAAAUUGUAUGUUUUGUAUCUAUAUUAUUUAUUUAUUUAUAAUGAAAAAUAUAUACACUAACACUAUGCUUGAUUUGCAUUAAAUGCAACAAUGCUUUUAUUAUAUACAUUUUUUAUGUGUGAUUUUAAAAAAAGUUAAAAUUCAGAAAUUUCUCAAACAUAAAAUGUUAUAUCAGUGCCAGUGCUUUCUAAGAGCUGUAUUUUGUGUACUGUUAUUCUGUUGAUCAUUAUUGUACAGUUCAUUUUGUUGUGUGUGUCAGGUCCAAAAAUUAUGCCUAACAAGCAUUUUAAGCUAAUCAACUGGUGUGAAAUUAUUUUAAAGGCAGAAAUUUAACCUUAAUGCUUAAAUUUUUUAAUGGAAAAAAUACAGAGUAUGCAUUUAAACUAUUAUUUGCUAGCCAUCUUGAAGAGAGAAAAAAUAAAUGGAGAAUUUUUUAUAUGAUAUUUGAAAGUGAAUUAGCAGCAAUUUAUGUGCUCUUAUGAGAGAUGAUAUAUUUGUGCCAUUACAUGAAGUUUGAUGUUUUUCUUCUAAUUAUCUUCUGUUAUGCAUCAGUUUUGUCGAACCAGUUUUUAUGCUAGUAUCACAGUCAAUAAAUAUUAAUUUUUCACCUAGUCA